CAUCUUUCUUCUUCCUUCUGGUCUCUGUCUCUACUCCCUCCAACCUUUUAACUCACUUCUUACCACCUAAAUCCAUCUCAAAUUACUCUCCUUGUUCGCCUACAAUGUUUCAGACAACCUGCAUUGUCUUCUUCUUCUCUCUUCUUUGCUCAUUUUCUCAAACUGCCUCAGCAAUCUUCAAUAUCUCUCUUCCCACUCCGCAUCCUAAUCCUGAACAAGUUGUUCAAGAUGUUCACAGGAGAGUAAAUGCUUCACUGACAAGAAGGCAAAUGCUACAAUACACCCAAGAGGACCAACAGUCGUCGUGCUUGACCGGCAACCCCAUAGACGACUGCUGGAAAUGCGACCCAAACUGGCCCAACGACCGCCAGAGACUAGCAGACUGCGCCAUAGGUUUCGGGCAGUACGCAAUGGGUGGCAAAGGUGGAGAAUACUACAUCGUGACUGAUUCAUCAGACGACGAUGCAGUGAACCCAAAGCCAGGGACACUGAGAUACGCAGUGAUACAACCUCAGCCUCUGUGGAUCGUGUUUCCCAGUAACAUGCUCAUCAGGCUGAAGCAAGAGCUGAUUUUCAAUAGCUACAAGACUCUGGAUGGGCGGGGAGCUAACGUUCACAUUGUGGGUGGUGGGUGCAUUACGUUGCAGUAUAUAACCAAUGUGAUUAUCCACAACAUUCACAUUCACCAUUGCGUGGAGUCGGGGAAUGCUAACGUGCGUUCGAGUCCAUCGCAUUACGGGUGGCGGACGAAAUCAGACGGCGAUGGGAUAUCGAUAUUCGGGUCCAAGGACAUUUGGAUAGACCAUUGCUCGCUUUCGAGAUGCAAGGACGGGUUGAUAGACGCAGUGAUGGGGUCGACGGGGAUCACCAUAUCCAACAACUACUUCUCGCACCACAACGAGGUGAUGCUGCUGGGUCACAGCGACGACUACCUACCGGACUCGGGGAUGCAGGUGACAAUCGCUUUCAACCAUUUUGGGGAGAAGCUGGUGCAGAGGAUGCCAAGGUGCCGGCUUGGGUACAUCCAUGUGGUGAACAAUGAUUUUACUCAGUGGGAGAUGUAUGCCAUCGGCGGAAGCGGUAACCCCACCAUUAAUAGCCAGGGCAAUCGCUAUACCGCUCCUUCUAAUCCGUAUGCCAAGGAGGUGACGAAGAGAGUGGAGACAGGAGAAGGAGAAUGGAAAGAUUGGAACUGGAGAUCCGAAGGAGACAUAAUGGUGAACGGGGCGUUCUUUGUGGCAUCGGGACAGGGUGUUGAGGUGAAGUACGAGAAAGCCUACAGUGUGGAGCCCAAAUCUGCCGUCCUGAUUGAUCUCCUCAUCAUGCACUCCGGUGUUCUUGGCGUCGGAGGCAGGGGCAACAACCUUGGGAUGUGGAGCACCGGACCUAACGACGGACACCAUGGCUUACCGGCGGACGACGACUACACCGAUGACAUGGCCGCUUCCACUCACUCCUCAAUCCCUAGUCCCAUUUUUCUCGUAUCCGCAUUCGCAUGCUUUAUCUUAUUCUUGUAAUCCACUUCCGAUUUUAUUGCAACUU